CAACCGGAAAAACCAGAAGAACCGAGAGAGAGUGUCUACUAAUAUUUAUUGAGUAUAUGUACAAUGAAAUGCAUUCUGUUUCUUUCUUUUUCUUCUUUCUCACAGGGCCCGACGUUCGAGUGUAGUCCUAUUAACAAUGCAUACCUAAAAAACAGAAGGCAGUAUUUAAUACAUAUACAGGGGAGAUGAUUAUGGGAGUACCUCAAAAAUGAUGACAUCACAAUCAAAACACACAUGAUGAAGUGACGUUACUAUGAGCCGCAGGGUCGUGGGGUUGUGGAGUCCGCCAUCUUGGAUCCAAGAUGGUUGCUAGCCUUAGCAACCAGAUCCAAGAUGGCAGACUCCUUAGCAACCCCACCUCAUAGUAUCGUCUAUUCAUCAAUUACCGUCUCCCGAUUUACAGUGAUUUUCAUUUUCAUACCCCGUGCUUGCUUACUUUCUAACUUGAUUUUGAUUAUAUAUAUUAUUUUUUUUAGAGGCGCAGAGCCGUUCCAAUUUUCUCUCCCUAUUACCUCAACUUCAAUCAAUUGUGUUCUAUAAUGUUUUUUCCCUAUAUCUUCCUUCCAAAUAUUGUAAUACUUAUUAUCUGCAGUGGAAACCCUGAAUGUUAUAAUAACUUUGUACUUUGUAUUGCUCAAACUGAGUAUUGUAUUGGCUGAUCUUACAUUGGUCCUACUCUUGUGAUGAUGAUGUUCCCAUUUGAUAAUUACGUCAUAAAGUAUUUGUGGGACAGAACUAGUAACACAUAAUGUAAACCCAAUAUCCCCCAUUAGGCUACAUUUGUAUCAGUAUUACAAGUGAUCAAGCGUAUGGUUGAACGAGACUAGACAAUACCGUGUGUUUAGCAUUACGUCAUAAGGUAUUUGUGGGACAGAACUAGUCAGACAUAAUGUAAACCCAAUAUCCCCCAUUAGGCUACAUUUGUAUCAGUAUUACAAGUGAUCAAGCGUCUGGUUGAACGAGACUAGACAGUACCGUGUGUUUAGCAUUACGUCAUAAGGUAUUUGUGGGACAGAACUAAUGUGUAUAUUUAAUGACGCAGUAAAAGAAAUUGAAAUAAAGUGUGUUUAAUCGUGCUGAUUGAAGAACAAAGCGAUCGAUUGCAGUAAUGGCUGACUUUUUUUAUCGUAUAGUAAAACGUGUAAUUAGAAUACAGGUGCACGAAUAUCGACUGUUUACCCAGCCGUCAUGGUGAUUAUGUCACACAUGUACCUAUCUGGGGGAGUUUCUUUCAACACGCAGGGGUGAAUACGUCAGAAUAAUUCGGACUAGGUAGGAUUGAUCAGUGAUUAAGAUGAUGUUGGGACAUAUACAACUGUUUUCACACAUCCGGCAAGGAUUUCCAGGAAACAGCACAGCCUAAGGAAUGUUUAUAUACUAUUAUGAUGAACAGAAACGUCUACUCCUGGAAAUGAUGCUGUUGCGAAUAUUCCGACGGCUGUUUUUCUCGCUGAUAUUCAUCUUGAUUGGCCUGAUUUCCUUAGUUUUUUUCAUCAGAAUGAAAGGAUUAACGGACUACUUUGAUUCAACAAAUACAUACACCGAAACGAAAGGGAAACGUUUCGCAAGUCCAACACAACCCGUGAUACAAAGAGCAUCGGUGUUUACAAACAAUAGGGAGAUCGGUAACUUCAAAUCAACAGCAAAUAUCUCGACUUCCAGACUUGAUUUGAAGAAGAAAAAUAACAUAUACAACAUUGGUGAAACGAUCAAAGUGAACAUAAUUCUUAACAAUGGAUGGGGAAAACCGAUUUUAACUGGUGGUGACGUUUUAAGUAUUUGGAUGAAGCAACCUUCUACUAGAAAUAGUGUGAGCGGAUAUGUAGUUGACAAUGGAAAUGGCUCGCACACUGGUUUUAUUACACCAUUAUGGAAUGGCACUUCAGAAUUAAUAGUUUCGAUUGCAAACACAAAGGAACACAUUGACAUCUUUACAAAUUAUUUGAAAGAUCAUGGAAUAUUUUAUACUAUUGAAGCUAUUUUUAUUGAACAUAAGGUCAAUACUUCAAAGCCCGAACACACUCCAUGUAAUGUUGAGUUCGGGUUGUUUGGUAACGCAAGUGUAUGCAAUUUCACCAAGGACAAUUUUGGUAUGUCUUGGUACUGUAGGAGUCCGCAGAGGUACAAUUGUAGUGAUUGGAUGUAUUUUACCAUCAACAAAAAUAUAAAUCCAUUAAGCAACAAGUCAUUGCAUCUGUUCAGGACUAGCGUGCAUCAGAGGACAAAGAUAGAUGUCACGAUAAAAGACAAUGGAAAAUUCAAGCUGCCGAUAUUGCAAAACUGCAUGGCUAUUUCCAAGAAUUUGACCUGGAAAAAACCAGCGCCUACUGGGUAUUACCAGAAAGGGAAAUGGAAAAACCUGAUAUGCAAUACUGAGUUACCACGAACACCAAAGGACUACUUCAAAUGUCUAGAGGGACGUCGUUUACUCAUUCUAGGUGAUUCUACAAAUCGUUUGUGGUUUGCGAAUUUGAUGGGUUUUCUGGGUUUAACUUUUACAUCUGGCCGUUGGGAUGAGAUAAAGGACAAGGCUUGGCAGAAAUAUGCUCAUGCAGAACUAAAGUCACGUCGAAUUUCCAUUGAUUGGGCACCACACGAACUGCCGUUUUAUGGGACCCAAGGUUCAUUGAGAUAUAACAUCAGAUCUGAGGGGUUUCGGUUAGAUGAGAUUCCCGCCAACAGUUCUGACAUCGUUGUGUUACAUUGGUACCUUCAUAUUGCAAGAGUGUCUCAUGACAUAUUUAGAGAACAUGUCAGAAACGCUAGACAAGCUGUUCUAAGACUGGUAAAACGGGCUCCGAACGUUGACAUUUUUAUCAAAGGGCCACACUCGUUAACAUACGUUGAUAACUUACUUCCGUAUAAUUUUAUUAGGCAAAAAGAACAGCAAAUUCUUUUUGAAGAAUUUUCAGAUCUGCUAAAUCGCGUUAUAUACUUAGACCAAUGGGAUGCAACUGUUGCUAACGAAAAUGUUCAUGUUCAUCCAACUGUUUCCAACACUGUUGAUAUGAUCCACACUAUGUUAUCUUAUAUAUGCGGAAAAUAGGUAAAAGAGACGAAGUUCAGA